AUCCGUGGCUCUUACUACCCGGCGUAAUAAUGGUGGGGAUGGCAGGCGUGUCUCUACUGGUGUCGAACUUCAUACAGGUGCCGUUCAUACUUCCGAAAGGUUCCUCAAUUUACAUUGGCCUGCUGAAUGGUUGCUUUGACUCAUCCGUUCUCACAUUUAUGCUGGUCAAGAAACUGUAUGAAGGCGGGAUAGAUAAGCAGUUCUCCUUUAUUGGUCUCGCCAUUCUUUUGAUCGUGAUUUCCGGUGUAUGUACACUGCUACAUCCCUCACGAGAGCCUCACACAACUAAUACAAAUAAUAAAGUUCCCAAGGACGACGGCAUGAAAGAUGAUGACGUCAACGGUUGCCAGGAAGUUGUACAGACCACUCCUGAUCCUUCAUCAGAAAUCAAAUCCGUAGGAGACAUACUCCGCCAUCCUCUCUUCAUUUCCCACGUAGUAUGGAUUAGUAUUGUGAUGUUGAAAUACAUCUACUUUUUAGGAUCAGCAAACAGAAUGAUGACGCAACUCCUCAGAGAUGAAAGCCGAGUGAGCUAUUUCUCUGAUGUCAUGACGUUUACAAUGAUUGGGAGUUUGUUGUCAUCUUUCAUCGCCGGAUAUACGAUACACGCGAUGGAGAAACUGUUUACGGGAAGUAUGAGGAUGGUGAUCCCCCUUGCGAUGACGUCAUGUUUAGCUAUCUUCCUGUCUGCCCUGGCAUUCGUACCAGAACCGCCAGUCUUGUACGUCGAUUUUAUUGUGUUGACCUUCCUUCGGUCUUUCAUGUAUACCACAAACAUGGACUUCAUCAGACUCGCAUUUCCUUUGAAAUACACGAGUAUGAUAUUUGGUCUUGUGAUGGCUAUUUCUGGAAUUCUGACGAUAACACAAUAUGGUCUGUUCGACUGGGCGGAGAAGUAUGAUGAGGCAACGAUAGAUGUGAACGUGUUCCUGUUGUGUCUGUCUAUCGUCUCCCUGGCUCAUCCCAUUGUCGUAUUCUACAGAGAGAAGUCAAAAUCAUCAUGUAUUUAGAGAGGGGGGGG